GCUGCCCUGAGAGGAGUCUUCGUGACAGAACUGGGUCUUGGAAAGGACGUCUGAUAACCUUAAUUAAGGAAUACUCGGUUCUUCGACCUAGAACUCUCCAGCAGUACGUGGCGAUUCCUUGAAGAAGGGAACAGAAGAGUUCCUCACCCAAGGGCGCAAGACCCUGACCAACUAUGGAAGCUCGCCAGUGAUCUCCCCGCUUGCGUGACUUUGCUUUUACUGGCAGGAGAACCUUUGACGAUUGGCUUAUGGAUAUGGACCGUCGCGGGUCAUACAGGGACGAGACAGCAGUGACUAAUGGGCGUCGUAGCUCCUCCAGGGACGUCCUUCAGGACACAGAGCGUCGUCCAUCAAUCAGGGACGACCUAACAGUGGAUAAGAGCCGUCGCAGUUCGUUUAGGGACGUCCCACAGGAGUCAGAACGACGUCAGUCCAUCAGAGAUGAUGUUCCUAAUACUGAACGCCGUGGCUCUUUUAGGGACGCCAACGAACGCCGAGCUUCUUUUAAUAAAAGCGGCUCGCAGGACGUAGAGCGUCGCGGUUCGUUCAGGGAUGCCCCACAGGAAGCAGAGCGCAGGGGUUCAUUCAGAAAUGACGUAGCAACAGACAACAGACGCCGCAGUUCAUCUAGGGAAGUCUCGCAAGAAUCAGAGCGCCGUGGAUCGUUCAGAGAUGACGUAUCAUUAGAGAAGAGACGCCGCAGUUCUUCAAGGGAUGUCCCACAUGAUGAAGCGCGUCGAGGUUCAUAUAGGGAAGACAUCACAGCAGACAGAAGACGCCCUAGUUCUUCUUUGGACGUACCAAUGCAGGAUGCAGGGCGCCGUGGUUCACUCAAGGACGUCCCACAGCAAGGAGAGCGUCGUGAGUCAUUCAAGGACGUCCCACAGCAAGAAGAACGGCGUGGUUCCUUCAGGGACGCCCCAAAUGAUGCAGAGCGACGUGGUUCCUUCAGGGACGUCCCACAGGAAAUAAAACGGCGUGGUUCCUUCAGGGACACCCCACAGGACGCAGAGCGACGUGGUUCGUUCAGGGAUCUCCCACAGGAAGCAGAACGGCGUGGUUCAUUCAGGGAUGAUACGAGGCGACUCAGUUCCUCAAGUGGCUCUUUCAGGGAUGUCAAGGAACGCCGGAUAUCAUAUAACAGAGACGUCUCGCUUGACGAAGAGCGCCGUGGCUCCUUCAUGGACGUCACUCCUGACGGCGAGCGCCGACGAUCGAUCAAGGACGAAAUCUUAGAAGCCGAACAAGCUGAACGCGACCUCGAAGAGCGCCUCGAUGACGAUCACUCCCGCCCCAUGUCUCGCAACAGCAUCCUGAGGUCCCCCAUCCCGAUCAUCGACAUCCAGGAACCACAGCCAGACGACCACAUGUCCCCCACUGAGAGCGAAAACGAAUCGGAGCUCGAUGCUGAAUUCAACCUCGAAGAACAAUCACAGAGCCUCCAGUACAGGAAGUCCCUCAGUGACAUCCUCCCAGACACUCAAGCGAUGCCCCAGCUCGUCACCUAUCAGCAAGUACUCGACGAGGAUAACGAGAGGCCACGUAGUAGGUCGAGCGUUGGGUCGGACGUCGAGGGUGAGCAAAAGGAGCCCGCCCGUGACUGGAUAAAGCCGCCCACUGACAGAGGGCCACGGCUCUCCAUUGGGCAGGGAAUGUUCAACCUGCUAGUUAGGAGGUUCAGCUCAGCAGGGUCAGAGGACGCGGCUCCCGCAAAUCAAAACACCAAGUCCCUGGAAGAUGAAGUCAGUAGAUCCCCAAGAGGUUCAAUAACAAAUCUAGAUGUUCGCAAACUAUCAAGAGGUUCUCCUGUGGACCAAGAAGUGUCAAGGUCACCAAGGGGUUCUAUUGGGGCUCAGGGCAGUAAAUCACCGAGAGGUUCUUUUGCUGACCAAGGCGUUUCAAGGUCACCAAGAGGUUCCAUUGGUGAACAGGUCAGCAAGUCACCAAGAGGUUCCAUUGGUGAACAGGCCAGCAAGUCACCAAGAGGUUCUUUCGUGGACCAAGAGGCUUAUAGAUCACCAAGAGGUUCAGUAGGAGAAGAGAUGGAUAAGUCAGCAGAUUCGGUUCUAGGUCAAGAAACCUACUGGUCCCCAAGGAGUUCCGUUGGCGAGCAAGAUAUCAAGGCAACAAGAGAUUCCUUUAUAGAGAAAGAGACAUUUUGGUCACCAAGGGGGUCCAUUGGAGAACAGCAUAGCCUUUCGCCAGAUGAUUCCAUGACAGGCCAGGUUUCCAGCUCACCAAGAGCUUCCAUUGGAGAACAAGUUAGCAAAUCACCAAGAGGGUCUUUUGUGGACCAAGAAAUUUCGAGGUCGCCAAGAGGUUCAAUUGGGGGACAGGUCAGCAAAUCACCAAGGGGUUCUAUUGGGAACGAGGGAGCGUCAUUGUCCCCCAGAGGUUCAAUCAGGGGGCAGAGCGGCAAGUCGCCAAGAGGUUCCAUUGCGGAUCAAGAGGCUGAGAGGUCACCAAGGGGUUCCAUCGGAGAACAAGUCAGCAAGUCGCCAAGAGGUUCUUUUGUCGAGGUUUCGAGGUCGCCAAGAGGCUCAAUUCCCAGCCAACCCCAAAAGUCCCCUCGAGGUUCUUUUAGCGGGCAGGAGGCUUCCCGUUCCCCUCGAGGAUCCACUGCGGGUGAGGUCGCGUCACGGAAGUCCAGUAUUUUCAGGGGCAGCCACGAAAACCUUGAGACCGACCUCCCCGAAGAAGACCGCUAUCAAGACCACGAUCUGCGAGACUCCAUCAGCCACGAGGACCCUGGGUUCUCCCUCACCGCCUCCCUCACCUCCUUCAUCAGGAGGCUGAGCGGCGGCAAGAUCGUCACAGACAUUGUCAGUAACACAGAUAAUUCUCUGCAGGAAAUCGACACCUCGCACACGAACGGCAAAUUGCGCCACGACGACCACGAGACGCCUAGCAAAGUAAACCUUCCGCCCGAGACAAUGACGGCCAAUAUCGACACCCUCGAGGUCCAGCCGACGAAGGACACCGAGCCGCCUAAGAAGGCUGUGGAGAACAUCACGACCGUCACCUUCUGCGGGUGCGGCUUCCUGGGCGUGUACCUGGUGGGCGCCGCGACCUACCUGCAGGACCACGUGCCUUCCCUCCUCCGGGGACGCCUGGCGGGGUCGUCCGUCGGCUCCCUCAUCGCCACCUGCAUCGCCUGCGACGUCCCGUUGCAGAUCCUGCGCGAGAACCUCCUGUCGACGGCCAGGAUGUCCCGCAAGUACAUCCUGGGCUCCUUCAAUCCCUUCUUCUCUCUCGAGGACUCGCUGCUGAAGUGUACCCUGAGGGCCUUGCCUGAGGACGCGCACAUCAGGGCUUCCGGACGCGUGUUCCUGUCCCUCACAAGGGCUUCGUCGCUGGCCAAUGAGAUUGUGAGCGAAUUCAACUCAAGGGACGAGCUAGUCCAGGCCCUCAUCUGCUGCUGUUUUCUGCCCGGCCUCUCCGGAUACUCCGUGCCUGCCUUUAAGGGCCGCAGGUACCUCGACGGCGGCCUGACCAACAACACUCCCAUGAAAGGCGAGGACACCCUGGCCAUCAACGCCUUUUCGGGAGACUUCGACAUCAUGCCUGACGAAGACGAGGACCUCCUGGGCCAGCUCCUGCCGAGGCUCUUCGGGGUGUCCAUGACGAGGACCAACCUGAGGAAGGUGUUCAGGGCCCUUCUCCCCCCGACGCCGGAAGAACUCGAUAAAUUUUAUUACUACGGAUACGCCGACGCCCAGAAGUUCGUGCCUGUGGCCGGGGGCGGGAGGAGGAAGAGCUUCUUGAAUAAUUUCUUCGGGUAGAAGGGAAGGAGACAGAAGGACGAGUUAAAAGAGGGAGUAAGGAGAAAGGAAGAAAGAAUUAUAAAAGGGGGAGAAGAAAG